AUGGGCUCACUAAGUAGAUAUAUUCUGAAAAGUGUCGCAGAUGGGUUCAAAGAUGAGCAGAGAUUGAAGAUUGAGAUGUCCGACAACAAAAAUCUCCCAGAGUGCUUUCAUUUUAAUAGAGAAAGAAGAAUGCCCAUUGCUCAAAUAAACGGUGAGGAUGGGUUUUACAUGUUUCCAUCUCAGCAUUCCCUUGAAAAUUUCGAAAAGACUAAGAAGCAUUCGUAUGAGCUGAGCCCUGAUGCGAUUGGUAUCCCAUUAUUCCAAAUCGUUAAUUGCACUCUACCGUUUUGCAAAACAGGCCGCCACAAUAACAGGGUCAGAGAUGAACCAUAUUAUAAAAUUUUUAAAUUCAUACUAAGAACGGCAGACGAACCUCCGCCUUAUGCUGUGGCAAAGAUCGUUGCUUCGAACAGCGGAUUGAUAUUGUACAAAGUCCCCCUUUAUGACAUAUAUAAAAGUUUCAGUCGAACAAACAUAGAUUACAACUUCGCAGGGGCUACGUCUACAGAACCCAACUCGCUGGCGAUGACCCAUCGAGAGGGAUACAGGGAUUUGGAUACUAAGGUCAAUGGUUUAAAUCUUAGGUGGCAUGUCACUUAUUCCCCCGUGGUAAUCAACGAUCAUUAUAAAUUAACUCUGUUGACAGAUUAUGAAUUAAAUCGUUUAGAUGAAGAUGUGAUCAAAAUCGCCAAAAACAGGAUGAAAAUUGAUCGAAAACAGCAAAACGGUUACAAUUUUGUGGCCGCUCAUUAUACCAGAGAAUUUGCCACAUCUAUUUUCAGAUGGGUUUCUCAGGAGGCUCACCUUAUUCUUGGCGAGUAUUCAACGGACCAAGGAUCAUUCGGAUUAAAUAAUAUCCCUCCAUUGACAGAAGAACUUGGGUGUCAAAGCCUACUCAUUCAUUACAUAGAGUACAUGAACAGACAACGUAAGGAUACUGUUGCAGGAGAAAGAAGGCGACACAACAGAAUGAAACUUGUAAGCCCAACGAACGUGAACCUGGGCAUGAGGUAA